CCCUUCGAAAGGAUAAACCAUUCUCUAUUAUCCACAAUACUUAUCAACCACAGAAAGACAAGUUAUUUCGCUUGGCUCCUAAUAAAGAAACUGUGUUAGCUGAACUUUGGGACUGGGCCAAGAAAAUGUCUUUAUUACCUUUUGAGAAUCGGAAAAGUGCAUCACUUAUUUGUCAUCUUAGAAAGGAUGUGCAAGGGAUUGUUCGUGCUCUCAAGACUGAUUUUCCAGAAUUGAGGAUUAAAGAAUAUCAUGGUAAAUCUGAUCCAAUAGAAAAGGCUUAUGACUUCAGUAACGUAGAAGAAUCAUGGAGUGAUGUAGACCUUGUUGCAUAUACUAGCACUCUUAAAAUAGGAGUAUCGUGUACUAAUCCAAAGUUUGAGCGAGCAUUCUGCCUCUUCAAUAGCUAUAUAGAAACAAAUGCCGGAACGAAUCAGAUGUUAUUCCAAAAGGGGUUAUUUCAGUGGUUGUUGAAUGCUAAACGCGAAUGUCUCCCCCGAGAACUUCAAAAUAGAGGAAUAUUUCCAGAUAUAGACUCUAUCAUCUGGAAUAAAGAUGUACCAACUGUUCGAUUAUGGGUAGCAUAUAUGUUGGAGAAAUUCCAAUCUAUUCCUAAACCUGGUGAAAAUGAUAUAUCGUUAUCUCAAAUUGUGAAG